UUAUUUAUUCAACCCACCCUUAUUUUUUUCUCUCCUCAUUCACUCACCGGCAGUUUGAAGCACCCCCUUUUUCCUCACAAAAGAUCUCUUUCACAAUUCAAAUGAUACAAUAAUUUUUCCUCCUAUGGAUCAUGGACCAUUCACUCUCUCUCAAAUUAUGCUUUGUUCUUAUCUUUAUGAAUAGUUAUUAGAUCCCUUCUCAAAGAGCCCACACCCACAUAUAUUGAACCCCAAAAAGAAAAGUGUUGCCUUUUCCAAUAGUAUCACUCACCUUCUUGCCCUUAUAUUUUCCCCAUUUCAUCUCACCAAAUGCUCCAACACUAUUCAAAUUCUUGUUUUUGAAGUCAUAGAAAUGAAUCAAUGUGUGCCGAGUUGGGAUCUCGACGAUAAUAAUUCCAAGAUCAAGUCCAAUUCACCUCAAGACGUCCCCUCGUUGGAUUAUGAAGUGGCGGAGCUAACAUGGGAGAAUGGUCAGCUCGCCAUGCAUGGCCUCGGCGUCCCGCGCGUGGUGAACAAACCCAGCGCGUCGUCGCCGCCCUCGACGUGGGACAAGCCACGCGCCAGCGGCACGCUCGAGUCCAUCGUCAACCAAGCCACCUCCCUCGGCGAGAAGGAGUCCGAGCUCGGCGGCCACCGCGCGAAGGCGAACCCCGCCGCCGUCGCCAUGGAUGCGCUCGUGCCGUGCGGCGGCGGGGGGCACGAGCAGCAGCAUCCGGCGGCGGCGCAGGCGCACGUGCGGGGGGCGAGCAGGGCCGGGUGCUCCACGCGCGUGAGCAAGUGCAGCGGCGCGCGCGCGGGGAGCCGGAGCGUGGGCGAGAGCGCCACGUGCGGCGGCGGGAGCGACAGCCGUCAGACGAUAUCGAUCGAUACAUGGGGGGAGAGGGAAUUCGGUGGGCCCGGGUUCACGUCGACGGCGUCGCUGAUCUCGCCGGAAAACACUAUCUCCGGCCAAGACUACACGAAGACCUCCGCCGACGACCGCGACUCCGUUACUCUUCACAGCGGGUCUCAGGCCUCUCAUAGAAAAGGAGAUGAGGAGGGCAGAAGAAGAGACAACGGAAAAUCCUCAGUUUGUACAAAAAGAAGUAGGGCGGCCGCAAUUCAUAACCAAUCAGAACGUAAACGAAGAGACAAAAUCAACCAGAGAAUGAAGACAUUGCAGAAAUUGGUUCCAAAUUCCAGUAAGAGCGACAAAGCAUCGAUGUUGGAUGAGGUGAUAGAAUACUUGAAGCAAUUGCAAGCUCAAGUGCACAUGAUGAGUAGGAUGAACAUGCCAUCGAUGAUGUUGCCACUAGCCAUGCAGCAACAACAGUUUCAGAUGUCGAUGAUGGGAUGCAUGGGCAUGGGCAUGGGGAUGGGGAUGGGUGUCAUGGACGUCCCCCGCCCGCCCUUCAUGCCCGUGCCCGCCGCCGCCGCCGCCGCCGCCUGGGACAACGGAGGGGACUGUUUGCCCCCGCCGCCGCCCCCCGUCGCCAUGCCCGACCCCUUGGCGGCACUUCUUGCAUGCCAGUCUCAGCCGAUGACGAUGGAUGCUUAUAGCAGGGUGGCAGCUAUGUACCAGCAAUUGCAACAGCAGCAGCAAUUGCCUGCUUCAAAAAAUUAAAUUUGUUCAACUCGGAUUUUAUGCAAGAGAACUAUUAUAUAUAUAGUAUGCAAAAUGCAAAUUUUAUAUAUAUAUAGGCACAUGAGGGAUUUAUUUAUAUAUAUAUCCUUUCAUUUCUGCAUGAAUUUAUUUUCUCCUAUUAAUUGAAACUUUGAGCAGGGUACACGUAUGUAAGAGUUCGUGUUGUUUAUACUUUUUUUUGGCAAAGUGUUGUUUAUAUUUUCAAUGACGAAUUAUUAUUUAGUUUUUUUA